UGUGCUGAUGAAAAAGAGGUCAAGAAACCCUCUGAAGGCCAGGAUCCAGGAGAAAAAUGGGCAACAACAGUUUUGGUGAACAAAUUUUACCAAAGCAAACAAGAAAUAUCUCCCUCCACCCUCCAUGCCCUACUCCCAGCAGAUACUUUACUAAGAUAUUAACAGUUCCUGAAUUAAUUUCUUAAAUUCACAUUCUUCUUUUACAGAUAUGCAAAUAGAUCUCUGGCUAUUUUCGAUGAGUCAAUACAUCCACUUUCACAAGAAGAGAUUCCAGGGAAAUCCUUUGAGGACGAUCCCACACACAAAUGCAUUUUCAGUUAUUUCUGUAAUAUUUUUGCAGUCGCAGAACUAACAACUCCAUGUGCGAUCGUAGCAUUGGUGUACAUUGAACGCCUUUUAACUAAAGCUAACAUCGAUCUUUGUCCUACUAAUUGGAAAAAAAUUGUCCUCGGAGCCAUGCUUCUGGCCUCCAAGGUUUGGAGAGAUCGUGGUCUGUGGAGUGUGGAUGACAGCCAGAAUCCCAAGGAUGUUGCAGUUGAGACAAUGAGUAAGAUGGAGAAGAGUUUUUUGGAGCUACUCGAGUUUAAAAUUCAUGUGUCUGCCAGUGUUUAUGUGAAAUAUUACUUUGACCUGUGUGCCUUGCCAUACGACCAUGAACUGGAUUUUCAGUUUAGUAUUCUUCACAAACAUAUAGCGCAGAAAUUGAAGGCUAUGUCACGGCUGUGUGAAUACAAAGACCUGCAUCAAGAUGCCGCAGCUAUGACAAGGGCCGUCAGCAUGGAUUUCAUCGGCAUUAGGCAUACUAAUGCCAUCUUAUCUUAAAGAGAGAAAUUAGCAUUAUAAAGCCCUGGACUUGUCAACUAUAGGGACUACAAAAUAUCACUUCUCCUGCUGAAAAAGACCAGAAAAAUUAGGAUUUUCUUUUUUUAUCUUUUUUAAAAAAAUUUUUAUUGUUGUUGUUGUUGCUGUUGUUGUUGUUGAUUAGGAUUUUUAUAGAGUGGAGACUUCUUCAAAUAACCACACUGUGAAGCUGGGUGAUGGUGGCAUGAACAGUGGGUGCCAGGUGCUACCUGCCCUUCUUGUUCCACUGAGUCCAGAUGGCAUUCCUAGGGCACCACCUUCUUGAACAACUCUUGGGGAGGAAGAGUGUCAUAUGGGCACAGCACAUCCCAGUUCAGAGUCCACAGUCACCCACAGUCCCAAGCAGGUGACAGUCUGAGCUGAGCUGGAAUUCAAACAACUUUGGAAUUGGCUCCAGAUUUGUGAGAGUACCUGGGUUUGGAUCUCUGUCCACUGAGGCACUGAAUGCAUGAUGGCCCAAAACAACAAGUGUGGGAAGAGAGAAUGGCAUGGGGACAAGGCUGUCAUUACUUCAAGUACCAUGGGGGCUCAGGCCUGUUCAUCAAGUCUUUGGAGAGAAUCUGCAUGUGAAAUGAGGCACCCACAUCAUGGUUAUAAAGGGAGAGAUGAAAUCGGUUCAUCUUCCCCCAGGCCUAUAAUGGUCAUGUCAAAACACAGAGUCUUGCUGUGUUGCCAGGCUGGAGUGCAGUGGCAGGAUCUCGGCUCUCUGCAACCUCUGCCUCUGGGGUUCAAGUGACUCUCCUGCCUCAGCCUCCCAAGUAGCUGGGACUACAGGCAUGAACCACCAACCCAGCUAAUUUAUAUAUUCUUAGUAGAGACAGGGUUUCAUCACAGUGGCCAGGACAGUCUUGAUCUCUUGACCUCAUUCUGCCUGCCUCCGCCUCCAUAAGUGCUGGGAUUACAGGUGAGAGCCACCGUGCCUGGCCUCUUGCAUUUACCAUUCACAAUAAAGCAGUUUGGAAUAUCCCACUGUUGAUUUAUUAUUUCCUCCUCCAAACAUAAUCUGUGGCCCUGUAUACAUAAUUGAAUAUUUUUGUGUAUUGAUAUUUUGUGUCUGAAGAUGAAAUAUUAGAUGAAACAUGUUAAAACAUUUCAUGCAAAGCCUUCAGUGGUUGUAGAGUCUACUCUUUGGCGAAUACACGAAUUAAUCUAUUUUAAAUAUUAAAAUUUUUAUUAGAUGUGAUAAUGAUAUUUUUUCUUUUAUCUUCAUUUGUUAGAUAUAGUUACUUACAUUCUUCCAUCAUUAAUGAUAUUGUAUCUUAUAUUUGAUGUAAAAAACUCCUAGAAUAUUUGGAAUUGAUCGUUGAAAUUAAACUGCAAAAUGAGAUUUGCUAAAACCUAGUGAUAAUGUACUCAUAAUGGGUUUAUUAUCUAUUAUCUCUAUCACUGUUAAUUUUUAAAGUUUCCAUGGAAAACUAUACUAAGAACUUAAAAUUUUCUAUAAAACCCUUCAUGCUCUGCACUUUAGCUCCAAUGCAUAAUGAAUAAAGGAAAAUAAAUUCUCCUGUG